AUGUUGAUCCUUUCCAUUGCUCGUCUUGUUGGCAUUGUGGCUUUCACGGCAAGCUUAGUAGCCGGAGAAGCUGCUGUUAUUGCCUCGGCACCGCCGCGGAGAAUCCAAGAGGCACCCUCGUCGGCCGUGAGAGUCUCUGAGAUACCCUGGACCACUUUCUACACUCCGUCGCCCUCUACUCGACCCUCCCAUCCGGAGUCUCCUCCCGUAGAGCCGUCGACGCGAUCGGUCGAAACUCUUGUCCUCCGCCUCGGAAAACGAGACAAGGUUUCCCUGGAGGAGCAAGACAGGAUCUGUCACAACGAGACCGACCACAGCCCUCACAGCCCUGUCGACUCCCAAAAGCAGGAGAAGAGCGUCGCGGCGUUUUGCGGGCUGUUGAGGGGUAGAGGCGGCUACAUGGAGGUGGGGAUGGAGUCCCAGCGUAUGGAAUUCCAGGAUCUAAACAGCGUUCAUCAUCAUCUGAAGGUGGAAUGGGCGGCGGCCUGUGAGACGGACGUCGAGAAACAGUCGAUUCGGCGGCCCCUGGGGGAGAUCAGCGCUGCGCCUAACUGCGACAGCUUGAUGAGGGACAAUUAUAUAAACUGUAAAAAUGGAGGGGUUGGUGGCAAGGUGCAGGUCGGUUGCCUCAUCUACACCUAUAAUGGUGGUAUCAUGCCAGGCAGAGAGUACGACUGGUGA